UUUAACCAAUCGAUAUUUUUCCAAAAUCCAACAAUGGCGAUGAGCAAAGCUAAAUACCUACCCGAAGAACUCAUCAUUGACAUUUUCUACAGACUCCCUGUAAAGUCCAUUGGGCGGUGUAGGUGCCUAUCAAAGCACUGGCGCAAUUUUCUCUCAGACCCACAAUUCAUCAAACUUCACUUCAAUCUCCACGCCCAUACACAAGAAGAGAAGCUCAUUAUCGUCUCUUGGCUAUGCGAACUUCAUACUAUCACGCUUAGCCACGACAUCCUCGAAGAUGCAUUCAUCGAUAGCAUUUCAACAAAGGUUGAUUUUCAGCAGCUCACACAUAACUGGAUUUCUGUAGCUGGGUCUUGUAAUGGUUUGGUCUUAGUGAUUGAUAGGGACAAUGUUCAAUUUUUGAUCAACCCAACUACCUUAGAAUACCAUAAAUUUCCUGUUUUUGAUUGGGCUCUUCCUCCAAAAACUAGCUGUUACAUGUAUGGUUUAGCGUAUGAUAUUGUUAGUGAUGAUUAUAAGGUGGUUUCUCUUUCUUAUCGUGAUACGAAUAAUGAAUUUAUGUCUAAUACUUAUGUGGAUUUGUACUCUGUGAGAAAGAGUCAUUGGGAGACACUUGGGAUUUCUCCUUAUGAUCAUUCACUCACUGACCGUGCUUCUGGGGUUUUGGUUAAUGGGGCUUUGCAUUGGUUGGCAUGUAGAACUUUUGAAUAUUCAACCGCAAUUGCUGCUUUUGAUUUAAGUGUUGAUAAAUUCUUGGAGGUACCAGGACCUAUUGAUCUUCAGGAUAAUUGCUUUAUGUGUAAUCUUGCCACUCUUAAAGGGUGUCUUUGUGUAUCUACCAGUUUACCCCGAGACAUAAACACAGUUACAUUUUGGAUCAUGAAAGAGUAUGGGGUUAAGGAGUCUUGGACCAAAUUUAAGAUUAUAGAACCGAGUUUGGAUGAUUCUCUUAGUACGCUACUGUGUUCCAUUACUGAUGAUGAUGAUGUUUUAUUGGAUGUCGACGAAGAAUGGGUUAUCUACAAUCUGAAGGAGAAUCGGCGUAAGGAUCUGUUGAUUGAUGUAAAUCCUAUUACGCAUGAAGCUCGAACUUUUGUUGAUAGCCUUGUCUCUCCUUACUUUGGCAACGAAACUGAGGGUUCAGCAUCCAAGGACUCGACAAAGACUCAACAUCACAUUUUCUUACAUCCUCAAAUCAAAAGCUUAGCCAUGAGAAGACCUAAUGGCCACAAAAGAAUUGAAAUUGCGAGGAAUCAAAAUCAAACCAACUUACAAGUAACAUUCUCAAAAAGACGUGUUGGCCUAUUUAAAAAGGUAAGUGAGCUCUCUACUUUGUACGGUGCUAAUGUUGCUAUUGUAGCUUUUUCUCCCAGCAACAAAGUAUACGCAUGUGGACACCCUUCCGUCGAGUCAAUUGUGGAUAAAUUUGUCAAAGAGAAUCCUCCACCUGACACUGAUGAUCCUAACCCAUUAUUGUAG